UAUAAAGAAGAAACUGACUAUAAAAUCAGCUAAUAACUCCGCUAAAACAGGAUCGCGGCCUAUGACGGAAGGAACAUGCAAUGCGGCGAGCCGCCACCUGCUCCCUCGACGGCACCAAGAAUCCACGAAGCAGCGCAAGAACGCCAGCGAGGGCACGAUAAGAGAGAGAUGGGCGGAGCUAGGCCAAGAAGGACUCAGGGGGUCGGAGAUUGGAUCUGAGAUGCCUAGGAAAUUGACAAGGAAAUCUUUCGAGGAGACUGAAUCCAAUGUUGAUCAUAUGGAGCACUACAAAUAUAUUCUCUCUAAGCUGUUGCAAGGGCAAGAUGACUCUUUUUGUAAAGGAGUUAGUAACGAAGUUCAAGGCACUAUUACUCAAAAUAAGGGUAGAGAAGGCUACAUUUGCAAGAGAACCUUUCCAUUAUUCAAGGAACAAAUCAGUGGCCUAUCGAAGAAUGAUAAGGAGAAAAUAAAGGUUGCCCUUCACGAGAUUAUUACAUUCCUCAACAAUGAUGUGGAUGAGGUUGAUCAAGAUAUUCAGGCAAUGGAAGAAAGUGGUGAAACAUGUCAAGAGGCUGUGAAGAGGUUAUCUACUGGUUUGUUGGGAAAGGAUACAAGUGAGAAAGUUCUCUGUUUCCAGCUCAGUAAAAUGGCGCAAGGUGUCAAUGACUUGCUAAAUACAGCAACAUCCAAAUGCAGACCUAUGAGUACCGAGGAGAAGAUUGAACUCAGCAAGCGCAUCCGAAAGCUCCCAGAGGAGGCACUUAACCGCGUCGUGGAGAUAAUUACAACAAGGAAACUGGCAAGUGAGAGUUCUGAUCGGAUAACCAUGAACUUGAGAGAAUUGGAUGAUGCAACAUUAUGGAGGCUGUAUUACCAUGUGGAGUAUGCGCUAAAAGAAAACAACAAAUGAUUCUCAAUACUCCAUGGCCACAGCAUCCAGCAUGGAUUCUAAGCUGAAUAUCCAGUGUAAGCCCUACCACAACUUGAAGGAGCACUUGCAAGCUCGUUCUGACCUUGGGUGCAGUACUUCAGCUUGUUGGCGGUAGCAACAUCUGUAUGUGUGCAUGGACAUAGGUGCAAGUGAGGGAUGUGGCAUCAAAAAACAGCACCAAGAAUAGUGUGUUGAGAUUAGCGGAAAAAAUAGUUCCUAGAGUUCGAAAAACUAGUGUUGUAACUUGUAAACCAAGGUCAGUGGUGGCAAUAUUUGUUCCAUACCACAGUGCAAGCUCCUCCAGAUGAAUGGGAUUUUGUUCCGGCAUUCUCGCCUGCAAAA